AUGGCACGGCAAGAAACUGGGUGGAAAUUCAGUGCCCUGAAUGCCUCAUCCGACCAGCUGGAGGAUUUCAAGCUCGAAGAUAUGGCGAGAGACAUGCAAAGUCUUGCACCAGAGUUGUGGGGGAUGCUGGGUGAUGUUCUGUCUGCUAGCGGACAGACAACAGAGGUCAUAUGUGAUGAUGCAGAUGAUGAAGAAUACUGGAGGGAGGAUGAUAGUAAUGUUGAAGUGCAAAAUGAAGGAACCACGCACUCACACGAGAACAUUAAGGCCAAGUGUCAUGGAGCAAUUGUCAAAAUUGUAUUUGUCCUCAUAAGUAUUAUGCUGCAAAGCUCGAAUCAAAAAUGCAAUGCACUGCAAAGUAUAUACGGGAUUUUCUUGCAUUCAUGCAACACACCGCAAUGA